UUAAAAACAAAAAAACAAAAGAAAAACAGAAGUAGAAUAUAUUUGAUUUUUAGAUGUAAUUUAGACUCUGGAAAGAGACCAGGAUUAGUGUCUGUUUCUGUUAUUUAAGCCUAGGCGCGGCUCUCCAGGUCUGUUCCCUUUAUUUUCAAAGUGUGAAAAAUGGUAGUACUUAAUUCAUAGGACUGUUUUGAGGAAUAAAUAAAAGAAUAAAUUUAAAGUACUUAACACUGUCUGGAAUAUAAUGAAUACUCAGCACAUGAUUUUAAAGAGGAAAAACAGUCCUGGCGUGCACGGGGGUCUGUGUUCUGCCUUUUCUCAUCCUGUGGGUAUCCAGUCUUGUCAGGUCCCCUGGACUGUGUGGCAUGAAGGGUAGCCGGUCCUCCUGCAGUCAGUGUGGGCAGCCUGUGGGGACCGGCGCUUCCCCAAGGUAGACUUAACUGGUUCCAAAUGGCCCACAGGAGUAGCUAGCUACAUGGAAAUGACGAGACUGAUGUGGUUUUAAGAGGAUUUUCUCUUUAAGUGCUUUCAUGUUUUUUUUAACAGAGCCUUUGAAGAUGAGACCAUGAAGCUCAGGCAGCUGAAACUGGAUAACCAGAGAGCGCUGCUGGAGAAGAAGCAGAGGAAAAAGCGCUUGGAGCCGCUCAUGGUGCAGCCAAACCUGGAGGCCCGGCCGCGGCGGGCGAAGCCGAGGGGCUGCGAGGAGCUCACUCUGCUGGUGGAACCUCAGGCCCCACAUGGCGGUGUCGUCCUGCAGGGCAUCGAUGGUCCUGCUGCCUUCCUGAAGCCGGAUGCUCAGGAUGUGGACACCAGACUUCCUAAUCUCACGGUAGGCUCUUCUGCCGCAGAGGACACUGAAGGGAGCCCAGACGGGGAGAGCGCUCGGGACCCCGCCCCUAAGCCGGAUCUGCAGGAGGUGCUCCGACAGCACGGGAUCUCAGGGAGUUUGAACUUUGACGAGGAGGAGACUGAUGGGGAGGAAGGAGAAGGGAACCAACUAAGGUCUCAGUCGCCGUGUUCAGAGGCAGAGAGACCCGGUUCUGCAUCCAGCCAGAAGCCAGCCCCGGGCACAGGGGCCUCUGGGACCGCCCCUCACUCUGACAUUCAGCCGGGAGAAAUAGAGGACUUGGAAGGCUUCGCGUACAGUCCUGCCCCGCGAGGUGUCACAGUGAAGUGUCGGAUAACCCGGGACAAGAAAGGGAUGGACCGGGGGCUCUUCCCCACCUACUACAUGCACUUGGAAAAGGAUGAGAAUCGCAAGAUAUUUCUUCUUGCAGGUAGGAAGCGGAAAAAGAGUAAGACCUCCAACUACCUCAUCUCCACGGACCCCACAGACCUGUCCCGAGACGGGGAGAGCUACAUUGGCAAGCUCAGGUCCAACCUCAUGGGGACUAAGUUCACCGUGUAUGACCACGGCGUGAGCCCGACCAAGGCCCAGGGCCUGGUGGAAAAGGCCUACACGCGGCAGGAGCUGGCUGCCGUGUGCUAUGAGACAAACGUACUUGGAUUUAAAGGCCCGAGGAAAAUGUCUGUGAUCAUCCCUGGGAUGAAUAUGAAUCAUGAACGGAUCCCUUUUCAGCCACGAAAUGACCACGAGAGCUUGCUUUCAAAAUGGCAGAACAAAGCCAUGGAGAACUUGAUCGAGCUGCACAACAAGUCUCCGGUCUGGAACGAUGACACUCAGUCCUACGUCCUGAACUUCCACGGCCGGGUCACUCAGGCAUCUGUGAAGAACUUCCAGAUCGUCCAUGACAACGACCCUGACUACAUAGUCAUGCAGUUUGGACGCGUGGCCGACGACGUGUUCACGCUGGAUUACAACUACCCGCUCUGUGCACUCCAGGCCUUUGCCAUCGGGCUCUCCAGCUUCGACAGCAAGCUGGCCUGCUGGAAGCGUGGACUUUAGAGGGGACCUGACCUGGUCAGGUCAUGACUGAGAGGCUUUGACGUGGCCUUCAUCAUUCUCAGCCCGAGCACCUCCCUCGAUGGGUUACCGUGGAGCCGUUAGUGCAGACACACCUGCCGCCCCAUGGGAGGGAGAGAACUGUGUGUGUGUGUAAACCUGCCACUGUCACUGUCCAGGGCGAGGACGCUCGGGACUCUCUUCUCAACGCAAGUGUCAUCAGCCCCAAGGCCUGGCUCCCCCAGCCAGGUCAGGUCCGUCGCUUCUGCUCGCAGAUUGUAAGAGUUCUGCUACGUUGUUCAGAUUAUUAGCCUCUCCCAACAAAUUGCAUGGCUCUGCUGCCGGUUUACAGCCUGCUCAGGCACCCGCGUCCUGCGUCUCAGGAGCGCCGUGAGCACUGGCGUCGGUCACCCCCAGGCCUGUCCGCCAGCCUGGGGCUGGGCAGCGGCAGCUGUUGCUCCUUCUCAUUCCUUCCGUGGACGUCCUUUCUGUCCCUGCUUCCUGUCCCUGCUCCACACCGAACAGCAGUGGAAGGAAAGAGACUGGGGGUGAGCCGACCCAUGGCUCACCCCACCCGCACGUCCACUGCUCUGUCCUCACCGGCGGUCAUCUCAGGCUGCGUCCCUCAAGUGCCUCGGUCCUCAGGUGCCCUCUCCCCGCUGGCCUCUCCUGAGGCUGCUCGCUUGGCCUCCAGCGGGGGAUAUGAAGUGUCUAGGGAGGGGCCUGGGGGCGGCUGCUCUGACCUGCUUCCUUCUCCCACUCUGGCGCAGACACACCCUGGCCUCCUGUCCUUCCUGCUCAAGUGUGCAGGUGAUCAGUUUUACAUAUUUAUACUUUUUGUACGCUACAGAAAUAAAAAGUGAUUUCUAUAAAAA